UCAAAAGUCAUUGAUAGCGUUGCGCUAAAUAAGCCAAUGAGCAUCGCGCUUUUAGACUAGUGCAUCCCUUGGCUAAUGAGAGAGGAGGAUGCUGCUGUUUUGUGACGCCUGCGACGAAGUCCAUUUACUUUUCUGGAGCUUGGUGUGAGUGACUGAAGUGUUAGAUUUGAAGGGAUUUGGAUGUAGGUGAGCCGCCUCAUUCGUGCUCUCUGUACCAUCUUCCUACAUCUAUCGCCCGGACGGCCACUGACUGCGGUCGGUGUCCUUCCCGCGGUACCAGAACCAUGCCCGUCCCCGCUGGAUACCUCAGUAACACCCCCAUGGCCUUCAAGUCCUCGGCCUCGCUUAUCCCACCUCCCUUGAUCAACACCCACCAGCCCGGUGUUGUCGCCUCGCUUCUCUAUAGCGGCUCCAAGUUCCGAGGACAUCAGAAGAGCAAAGGCAACUCCUACGAUGUCGAGGUUGUUUUGCAGCAUGUGACCAUGGAAGACUCAUACUUGUGUGGCUACUUGAAGAUCAAAGGGUUGACAGAGGAAUACCCCACGCUGACUACGUUCUUUGCAGGGGAGAUCAUCAGUAGGAAGCGUCCAUUUCUAACCAGGAAGUGGGAUGCAGAUGAGGAUGUGGAUCGCAAGCACUGGGGCAAAUUCCAGGCCUUCUACCAGUAUGCAAAGACGUUCAACUCGGAUGAGUUUGACUAUGAAGAGCUGAAGAACUCUGACUACAUCUUCAUGAGGUGGAAGGAGCAGUUCCUGGUCCCUGAUCACACCAUUAAAGACAUCAGCGGUGCUUCCUUCGCUGGUUUCUACUACAUCUGCUUCCAGAAGUCCACAGCCACCAUAGAGGGGUACUACUACCAUAGGAGCUCAGAAUGGUACCAGUCUCUGAACCUCACCCAUGUUCUGGAACACAGUGCAGCCAUCUAUGAGUUCCGGUGACCCAGGCAUUGUGGCUUUGUUGGCUCAGAAAGACUUUAAGGCCUGCAGAAGCUACAUGAAGGAGACAUGAAGACUGAGAAGGACUGGGGAAGGAAGGGUAGAAGGGGGACAUGAAAACUGUGUUGUUACUAUUACCAAGAGGAUGUGCUUUUCUGUCUGAGGAAGAAAAGGAAAUGGAAUGAUGGAUUUAUUGAUGGACAGAUGCAGGUCUGUUGGACUGGUUCUUUCACAGAGGAAGGUAUGGACGGAUGGAGGAGACAGAGGGAAAGGACUGCUCUGCCCCAGCCAGGGCAGGCAGGAGCUUCAGUCCUGUGGGAUUGGGGCAGAGAGCCAUAGCAGUGUGAUGCUUUAUCAUUUCUUCAUUUGUUUUAACGUCUCUUUUUAAAAGCUUGUUGACUUUCACUCUGCUGCGUCAAGGUCCGGUCAUGAGUUAUGGAAAUGGAGACUUCAGUACUACAACACUUGUCUUUGGACACUUUAUAAAUAAAGCUGGGGUUUUCCUCUUGCAACUGGGGAUUUGUCUGCUUUUAUCCAAUUCUCAUCUGAGCUUAACAGAUAUUGGACAAAGAUUCUUCUGCUCUACUCUAUCAAACGCUGGAUCUCUUUUGAAGCUAAAUGUCAGCGUGUGGAAUAAUGUUCAGAUGAACUACACUCCGUCUUUUGGAUUGAAGCUUUAAACACUUCAUAGCUCAUUGAAUGACAGUGUUAUUGUUUUAUUUUCAAUCUAGGCUAACUCUUCUGAUUGCCUGCAAAGAGAUUUUGCAAGUUACCUCUUCAGCUCCCCGUUGUAAAGCUUCAGACGACAGAGCAGUGACUGUCUGGAGGUCCGUGCUCUGUGGAAAAGACAAGUGACAUUUGUGAGUGCUUGUUGUUCUUGUAGUGUUGGUUUCAUUUGCACACGUUGUGUUUAACUCGAGUGCAACCCUUCUAAUCCAGUACACAUGUGUAAUGUUGGUUGGAUUUAAGAUGGAAUCAUAUGUUACUAGGCCCAUGCAGUCAGCAGCAUUUUACUUUUCACUCGCAUUCAUUAAAACAAAAAUACUUUUGUCACCAACUUCUGUUUUCCUUGGGUGUCCAUGCCCCUUCAUUGUUAACUAUGCAACAUUAUGCAACAUCGUUCGUUAUGCAACAGCGUCAUUCUUGACUUCAACCAUACAUCUCCAAGUUUCAAAAACCAGAUGUAUUCUAUAAAAUAGUAUGAAAAAUGUCUUAUCAUUAAAGGAAAUAUUUUGUCUAAUUGCCCUUUUCAAGCACUACCCUUCCACAUUUGCCCUGUCCAUGCAAUGGUGCCAUCUUUUUAAAGUGUAUCAAAAUGUAUUAUACCAGUAUGUUUGUGAGUAUGGACCGAAAGCAGAUUGGUGUGGUUUGACUGGUUGUGAAGAAUGGAGUAAAUCAUAUCAAAACA